CAAUUUGCCCAAACCAUGCUUUUUGCCAUUGAGGAGAUCAACAACAGUACAGAGCUGCUGCCGGGUAUAACUCUGGGAUACAAGGUUUAUGACACUUGUGGUUCCAUAGCCAGAAGUGUAAAAGUUGCUCUAAACUUGGCCAGUGGGAGUGACACCAAGACUGUGAUGUCAAAAGCUUCCUGCAUCAAACCUGCACAAGUGCAGGCCAUAAUGGGAGAAACGUCAUCUUCUCCGAGCUCAGCGAUUGCUACAGUCAUCGGACCAUUUUCGAUCCCACUGAUUAGUCACUUUUCUACAUGUGCUUGUCUCAGUGAUAAAACGAAGUACCCAUCCUUUCUCAGAACAAUACCCAGUGAUUACUUCCAGAGCAGAGCCCUCGCCCAACUGGUCAAGCACUUCGGCUGGAUGUGGGUUGGAGCGAUUAGAACCAAUGAUGACUAUGGCAACAAUGGCAUGGUUACAUUCACAGAGACUGCUGAACAGUUGGGCAUUUGUCUGGAAUAUUCUGUGCCUUUCUUUCGAACAGAUCCCCCAGAUAAGAUUCAGAAAAUAAUUGAUCUGAUUAAGGCAUCCACCUCAAAGGUGAUUGUUGCCUUCCUCUCUCACAUGGACAUGGAUGUGCUUAUUAAGGAGUUGUCAAACCAUAACAUAUCAGGGUAUCAGUGGGUCGGAAGUGAGUCCUGGAUCUUUGAUUCUCAGAUUGCUGCGGUGGAUCAGACUCACAUUCUGGAUGGAGCUAUAGGUCUGUCCAUUCCCAAAGCUCAUGUCAGCGGCCUCAAAGAGUUUAUGCUUGAUGUUACACCCCUCAAUUCAUCCAGUAAUGACUUGUUCGUAGAGUUCUGGGAGGCAAUGUUUAGCUGUGAGUUCAAACAGUCAAAGUCGGCUGUAGAAAUUCAUGGAGAAUGUACCGGACGAGAAGAUGUGGCCGGAGUGAAAAACAGUUUCACAGACAUGUCCCUAAUGCCCAUUUUCAACAACGUCUAUAAAGGAGUGUAUGCUGUAGCCCACGCUCUGCAUAUGAUUCUAAAAUGUAACGAAACGUGUGACAAUGGUGUGCAGCUGCAGCCACUAGAGAUUUUAAAGUACAUACAAAAGAUUAGAUUCAAAACAAAAGAAGGAGAUGAGGUCUAUUUCAAUGAAAACGGAGAUCCAGCUGCAAAAUAUGAGAUUAUAAAUUGGCAGCCGAGAGAAAAUGGCAUUGUGGACUUUGUCAAAGUGGGUCUCUAUGAUGCAUCAUUAUCUGCAGACAAACAGUUGAAUCUACAAGAUGAGUCUUUAAUUUGGGCAAAGAACUCAUUAGAGGUUCCGGUGUCGGUUUGCAGUGAAAAGUGUCCCCCAGGAACACGCAAGGUUCUCCAAAAAGGAAAGCCUGUUUGCUGCUAUGAUUGCAUUCGAUGUCCAGAUGGAGAAAUAAGCAACAGCACAGAUUCCAUCACAUGUGUAAAAUGCCCUGAAGAGGCCUGGCCAAAUGAAAGACGAGAUUCCUGCUUAGAUAAAGAGUCUGUGUUCCUGUCUUAUGAGGAAAUAAUGGGGGCACUGCUCACUGCUGCCUCUUUAUUUGGAACGUGCUUGACAGCCAUUGUAGCGUUCAUUUUCUUCAGGCACAGGAAAACUCCUCUGGUGAGGGCAAAUAACUCUGAGCUGAGCUUCCUACUGCUCUUCUCUCUCAUUCUGUGUUUCCUGUGCUCUCUGACCUUCAUCGGCCGGCCCUCUGAGUGGACCUGCCAGCUGCGGCACACUGCUUUUGCCAUCACGUUUGUUCUCUGCAUCUCUUGUGUUCUGGGGAAGACAAUAGUUGUCCUGAUGGCUUUUAAAGCCAGACUUCCUGGUGGAAACAUGAUGAAGUGGUUUGGACCUACACAGCAGAGACUCAGCGUUCUGGGACUCACUCUUAUUCAAGUUAUUAUCUGUAUCCUCUGGUUAACCAUUUCCCCCCCUUUCCCUUUUAAAAAUGUUCAAGAGUUUAGAGAUAAAAUCAUCUUGGAGUGUGCUCUUGGCUCAGAGUUAGGGUUCUGGGCUGGACUUGGGUAUAUAGGUCUUCUGGCUGUCUUGUGCUUCAUUUCUGCGUUUUUGGCUCGGAAACUGCCCGAUAAUUUCAACGAAGCCAAAUUUAUUACAUUCAGCAUGCUGAUAUUCUGUGCAGUUUGGAUCACGUUCAUCCCAGCAUACGUCAGCUCUCCAGGGAAGUUCGGCGUUGCCGUGGAGAUCUUUGCCAUCCUUGCUUCCAGUUUUGGACUACUGAUUUGUAUUUUCAUCCCAAAAUGCUAUGUCAUCCUACUCAAACCUGACAAAAACACAAAAAAAUAUAUGAUGGGUAAGGGAGGAUCAUAAUAAACAACAAAAAUAUCCCAACUUUUGAAACCCCUUAAAGGCUGUCAAACCUGUAAGACAUUUUAAUGAAAGUUGUUUUUAAACUCUAGGUUAACCUGCAGCUGUAACCAAGUACAUAUGGAAUGCACAGAGUCAAGUGAUAUUUUACAUGUUUUCUUUAGUUUUUUUGCUCAA